AUGAGCAACGGCAUGAAUAUCUUCCGCAUCCUCGCGGACAUCAGCCAUACCCUCUCGAAAUGCAUCCUCAUAAUCGCCAUCCACCGCAACAAGAGCGCAGAAGGCGUAUCCUUGAUCACUCAAGCGCUGUACGCGCUCGUGUUCGUGACGCGGUAUCUUGACAUCUUCAAGAAGUAUGCGUGGGGAGCCGCGUGGAACAUCUCGCUCAAGCUGUUCUACCUCUUCAGCUCUUUCUACAUCUUGUUUUUGAUGCUCAAAGUGUAUGCGCGCACGCGAGAGCGGGAGAAGGCGUGGAAGUUUGGGGCGGCAUGUCUGGGUGGGAGUGCGAUUCUGGCGCCGUUUGCGAUGAUGAUUUUCGAGCAUAAGGGGCAGUGGGGGUUGGGCGAGAUUCUCUGGGUCUUUUCCAUCAUCCUCGAAUCCGUCUGUGUGCUACCACAGCUUCUCCUCCUGCGACAAACCACCGUCCCAACCGUCAUCGAUUCCUUCUACCUAAUUACCCUCGGCUCAUACCGCGGCCUCUACAUUCUCAAUUGGAUCAUGCGAGAAAUCUCCCCGCACGGCAGAUACCCCGAGCCGAUCCCCAUCAUUUUCGGCAUCAUCCAAACCGCAUUCUACAUUGACUUCUUCUGGGUCUACUAUUCCCGCCAAAGAGUCAAGCUUCGAGGUGGAGGGAUCGUCGAUGCGGACGAUGUGUCCAAAGGAUGGAUUCUCAGUAAGGUGUUUGGAAACAAACGAAUUGUUGGUGAUUUGGACGAUGAGGAGAGCACACCUGCACUUGCAGAUGAUGUGGAGAGUGGACAAAGAUCUGCUUCGAACUGGGGAGCUCGAGGUAUCAGUGUCUCUGCUGAUAACGGGGUCUUGGAGAGCGAGAGCGAUCGAGUGUUUUCAGAACAAGAAGAUGGGAUUAUUGACACUGAAGGCGAGGCGGACCCGGAUGCUAAAAUGAAGGAUCCGGAUGAGCUGGCCAAGAUAUUGGAGGAUGAUGAUAGUGACGAUGGGUUUGCUCCAAGUGGAACCUCCAAGGUUGGAAAUGGAUCUGAGUGGAGGGAUAUUGGAAAGUAG